UCCACAUAUGACGUCAUCUAAACCCUUUGGGAAAGCUGCUGUGUGUAUCCGUCUCGUCCAGUUUUAGGAAGCGAUUAUUGAGUGUUGAGCUGUGCACAGCGUGAGAAGCGUAGUGAAUAUAUCAAAUAAACGUAAGAAAGAUGUCUACGCCAGCGAGGAGACGACUUAUGAGGGAUUUUAAGAGGCUUCAACAAGAUCCCCCUGCUGGCGUGAGUGCUGCACCAACAGAGAACAAUAUAAUGAUAUGGAAUGCUGUUAUAUUUGGACCACACGACACCCCGUUUGAAGACGGCACAUUUAAACUGACGUUGGAAUUCACAGAAGAGUACCCCAACAAACCACCUACGGUGAAGUUUGUUAGUAAGAUGUUUCAUCCUAAUGUAUAUGCCGAUGGUGGUAUCUGCUUGGAUAUUUUACAGAACAGAUGGUCCCCUACUUAUGAUGUAGCUGCUAUUCUUACUUCGAUACAGUCGCUGUUGGAUGAACCUAAUCCUAAUUCUCCAGCAAAUAGUCUUGCAGCACAGCUUUAUCAAGAGAAUCGACGGGAAUAUGAAAAACGUGUAGCAGCUAUUGUAGAGCAGAGUUGGCUUAAUUUUCAGGAUGAAGAUGAAGGCGAAGAAAUGAAGAAAGAUACGUAGGGGCUAACAACGACGAUGUUGCCUAGAGGGCUGGUCCACUGGCUCCUGCUGCUGUUGUGCUGACGGCCGUUACUGUCUUCGCACACCUGCCACUCUCUACACUGCAUCUGUCCUGAAUGAUCUUGCUUCCCUCUACUGAUUCAAAAGCUCUGGUAGCUUCAACCAUAACUACUAAUUGUUGCACUAAAAGUCAUUAGAAAUAUUACCAAGUAGAACACUAAAAUAUUAUGAUACUAUGAAUAACAAUUUGUAUGAUCACCUGUUAUGUCUGUCAAGUAUGAUGUAGAUUCACUUUGCAAACCACAGUGUUUUUUUUUUUUAUGUGGGUAGGUGUCUUUUGAAAUAAGCUGACGCAACCUCAGUAAAAGCAAGAAUUAGGUUCAGCCGUGGGUGGGGAGGGAGGGUUUUCGUGGGUGGGAAAUGCAGGAUGCCUCAGAGUUCCGAGUGGUAACCACCCUCUCUUUAGGGCUUGGAUAUUCAUUGCGGCCACAAAUAAGGAGUGCCACACUUAUCUACCGCAGCCAAGGUCAUUUCAUCAAUUUUGUUUCUGCAAGUUUCUGAGCCGUUCAUCAUCUUAAAGCUACAUCGUGUUCAUGACUUUUGGAAAAAGAAUAUAAAAGUGAUAAAUGUGUGUGUGUAUACUUUUCUCACCUUUCUGAACAGUGCAUGUGUGGAGAGGUUUCCGUGUGUGGAAUUUCUAAUGCUUUACUACUAUAAUUAUGAUUAUUAUUAUUAUUGUAGUAAUUAUUAUUCCAUAGCUUUUAUCGCUUUUAUGCAGACCAUGGAUGGCUACAUACACGGAUCAGUUUUUUUUGGGGGGGAGAUGUCUUUUAUUACUAGUCACUCAUUUUCCACUGUAUUAUUUCUGGAUUGCUAAGGAGGAAUAGACUACAGAUGAUAGUGUCAUUUUUUGUCUGUCAUUGGUCGUCCUCAAGUUAAAAGGUAAACUGUCAUUGGAUCUUAGCCUCUGAUGGUUAUUGAAAAAGUUCCAUUGUUUUGAUUUCAGACAUUUGUUAAGUAAGGAUGGAGUUAUUUUUUCUAAUUGGAACAUAUUUAAAACCUGUUUAUGUAUCGUUGUUAUGAUCAAGGAGGUAUUGCAAGUUCUUGGAUUUUCAGUGUUAUUAAAUUGAUUUGAUUGUGUUUUCAUUUAUAGGAAAAGGAAACGGUUAUGUUCAAAAUCUUUUUUAUUCUAUCAAGAUUAAUGCAUUCAUUGUUGUUAUUGGGUUUUCCAUGUGAUGGCUUUUCCAUUCUUGAGGCAUAUUUGUUGUCAUAACAAACAUUUUUGAUAUUGAACUUCAUCCACAUAUACAGCAAUGUGAAACAGUUUGCUAUCAUCUCAUUUUUGUCUGGGUUACGUCUGAAAAUUGAUCUUAAAUUGGGAAUGUUUUUUUUUUUUUAAGGAUUAUCAGAUAACCAAGAUUUUGGAUUAAAAGUUUUGAAAUGCUAAACAAUAUUGGAAUAAGCAAAGGGAGACAGUUUGCUUUUUCAGAAUUUGAUGUAUAUGAAUGAACUGUCAAGGAUAUGAUCUCAUCAAGAAUUUUCCUUGCUGUUUCCCUUCAUGUUACUGACUCAAUAACAGACUGUUGGGCAAGUAACUGAGUGCUGGACAAAUGUCAAAAAGUUUUGCAACCAAUAUUAUAAGAAUGAUCUGUCUUUAUUUUGUAAAUGGUAUUUGUCAGAUGUUCAGAUAGAAGUUUGAGUGUUUCCCAAUUUUUCUUUUUCUUGAAAUUUAGUGCGAGUUUGUGUGGAUAAGAGGAGGUGGAGCUUGGAUAGUUGGUGGCUGUGAAUGAUUGUUGUAUUUAUGCAGCAUCACUGGUUUGUAUCUGUUGAGUAGCCGUGGACAAUCUCCUUGUAACAUGUCUGUUAUAGAUUGCAAAGAAAAGUGAGAAUGGCCAUAGUGUCCCUUUCAUUACAAUUUCAACAGUCCAUGCAUUCAGAUGUUGAUGGAAAACUAUUAGAAAUGUUUUUUCUUUAUAUAACUGAUACUCGAGAAAAACUUUUAUUAGUGCACCUUCAGUUUACCAGUAAACCAGUUUAUGAAGUGAAUAUUGUGAGAUUGCUAGGGCAACUUCUGUGAACUCGUUUAACAGAAAGGAUUUGUUUAAACAUUUAAGAGAAACUGAUUCACUUUGGCUGGUUCCCCUUGGUGAAAGGUGAGAAAAGCCAACAUUCAGGAUAUUUUUUUUUCCUGCUCAGCUUAAUAAAAUGCAAACCAAAGUAUGCUUUUCUUGUUUUCAUUAUUUUUUUUUUAUGUUCUGAUAAAGUUAAUCAGAAUUGAUUAGUUUUUAGUAGGUAUUUUUGAUAACCAGAUGUAUUUGCUCUCAUGAAGGAUCCGUAUGUUUUAAACAGAUACCAGUAGUAAAAGCUAUGCUUGCAGGUAUUGUAAUCUGUAUAAUUAUAAAUUCUGAGGAAUAAGUGUUUGUAUAGGUUUGUCCAAAGUCAGGCCAGUCAGUUUUUAGGGUUAGGAAAUAGUCAUGAAAUCAGCAUAUUUAUAUGUAGGUUUUUUCCGCAACUGAAUUGAAAUAACUUGUAAAUUACUUACAUUUGUUAAGAGUAGUUAAACUUUCCUCAAGCCAUUUAUGAAAAAUGCUUUUGAAAAGAUUUAUACUUUUAUUUCUGCAUCUGCCGUUUCUUACUUUGCCUGCAUUCAUUAUGGAGUGUUGAAAAAAAAAUUAUUCCCUUAAAAACAAUGAUGAUUGUGAUUAUUUGGUUUUGUUAUGAUUCUGCUGGUGCAUACAUACUAUAUGGUAUCAUUUGUUUAACAUAACAUUUUAAUGGUUAGCAGUUAAAUUUUGAAUGAUUUUCUCUUCUGCAGAUUGAGUACUUAUAAGUAAGGAGGUUAAUAAAAUACCAAAUAGCUGGGGUUGGUUGUGUUAGCAGUAUAAGAUUAAUUGCUGUUCUUUCUCCAUAAAGUUGUAUGUAAACUGAGCCUUAGUCAUGUACUCAGCAUCUGUCAUUAAUCAUUUCAAAAGAGAAUUUAAUCAUUGAAAAAUUCAUCCGACAUUCUAAAGCUGGUAACCUUUCAUUCUUCUUGGGUCCUGUCGUAUGGCUGGGAGAGAAUAAAUUGUACUUGGUAUUGCAUGUUCCUCUUAUUUAUAGUACAUAUGAAUGAUCAAUUAGUAAAAGCCACCUUUUUGCCAGAAGUUAUUCUACCUUGCAUCAGUAGUCCUAAAGCCGGUAGUUCUGGUGGACUUCUCAGUUGGGUAUUCUAGAUGAUAGACGACAGUUUUCGAAGUUUUUUUAACACAAGGUAACAAUUCUUAUGACAGGUGUGAUGCUAUAAAACUAGAUUCAAAGUUAGAUCUGUUCUUUGCUUACAUUUUCUUUUCAAUUCUGUUCACUGUCAUGAAGAACAGAGCAGUUAGUUUUAAUGUUUUGAGAACUUUGUUAAUGUUUAAUGUAAGAGACCAUUUUUUACAUAUUUAAUUCUAAGGAAUGUUGCAGGUGCAUUUCAUCAUUGAGGAACUUCAGGUUUCCUUGAAAUGUCACUAAACCAUACUUAGCUGCAAAGCUGUUCUUAAGAGCCAGUCUAAAUAUUAAAGUCACCAAGUCCUUCAGUUCAGCAUAAAGCACAUCACACAAGUGUGUUUGUGUCAGUCAAGCUUAGCUUUGAGAACUGUAGAAAGGUGAAUGAGAAUCUUAAUUUUACCACUUACUGGUUUGUAGGUUUAGGUUUGAUAAUGGUGGCAUUCCUACACAAACAUUUAUUUGGUCAGAGUUCAGUAAUGAAAUUCAUUGAACUGCAAUGGUGUAAAAAUGGCCUUUCUUAAAUAAUACUCCAUUUAGGUAAUUAUAUGUGAUUGUUUGGAAAUCAUACUUUUUUAGGUAUAUGUUCUUUUCUUUCUUAUUGGAAUAAAGCAGAAGGUAAUACUUUCGCCACUGAAAUUCAAUAACAUGAAGUAUUAAAGAAGUGUCGAUUUAUAUUAUUUCUUGUAAUGUACUGUAAACUGGUGAAUUUCAAGUGUUGAGACUUCUCAUUUUUCUUGAAGAGUAUUCAAAAUACUGUACACAUCCUAUGUUUUGAUAUCUCCUUAUACCUGUAGACGACAUCAUCUUUCAAUUUUAAUAGGACAGAAGGAUUCCUAUGUGAAGUACAUUGUGCUUUGUGUAUAUAAUGUUAUCAAUAAAUUUCAUCCAUAAUUA